AGCCGCCCGUCCGCUCCGCAGCCGCUGUUCCGCAACUGCCCAUCCGCACGCUGCCGGUGCAGCCAUCCGCAAUCACCGGCACCGCUUCCCCCUUCUUGUCAGCCUCGUCGGGGAAUCGAAUUAAAUAAAAUACAACGCGAACUGGUGGAAAACAAACAUCAUGUCCGUGGCCUUUGCAUCAGCUCGCCAGCGGGGGAAAGGGGAGGUCACUCAAGCUAUCAUUCAAAAGAUGUUGGAUGAGAACAAUCAUUUGAUACAGUGUAUCAUGGAUUACCAGAGUAAAGGCAAAACUGCAGAAUGUUCUCAAUAUCAACAGAUGCUGCACAGAAAUUUGGUUUACUUGGCAACUAUAGCAGAUUCUAAUCAAAACAUGCAGUCCUUGCUACCUGCUCCACCAUCCCAAAACCUGUCAAUGGGACCAGGAGGAAUGAAUCUGCCUGGAUCAAAUCAAGCUUUGCAUUCGCAAAAUGUUCCUAAUGACACUAUGGGAGGAGGGAUUCCUCCUUCCACACUAAUGCAGAACCAGAUGAGCAAUGGUCCUACUCAUGUUUCCGUUCAACAGUCAGGACCAGCCACAAUGCCAAGUACUUCAAUGAAUAUGCCUGUAAGUAACCAUGGAACACCAGGUGGCUAUAGUCAUUCUGUGCCCUCUUCACAAGGGAUGCAGAUGCAGGGUCAGAAUCAGUCGCUGGCAAACUAUGGAUCCCGGACAAACAUGAGCAUGCAAACCAGUCAAGUUCCAAUGAUACACCAGCAAGCUGCAACGCCACAUUACAAUACACCACAAGGAGGUGGACAACAUUACCAGGGACAGUCGACUAUGGGAAUGAUGGGACAGAGUAACCAAGGCAGCAACAUAAUGGGCCAAAGGCCAAUAGGGCCUUAUAGAUCAACACAACAAGGGUCUUCUCAACAAUACAUUGGACAGGAAGAUUACUAUGGUGAGCAAUAUGGACAUGCCCAAGGACCCACAGAUACCAUUAAUCAACAAUAUUAUCCUGAUGGUCACAGUGAAUAUGCAUACCAACAAUCAUAUGCAGAACAAGGAUAUGAGAGGUCAUUUGAGGAAUCCUCACAGCAUUACUACGAAGGAGAGACCGUUGCGCAACUCCCUGGCUUGAUAAAAGGAAACUCACAAUAUGCCCAACAGCAAUCGGCUUACCAGCAGGCACCAACCCAGCAGCAGACUUACUCCCAGCAGCAAUAUCCUACCCAACAGAGUUAUCCUGGCCAACAACAAGGAUAUGGUGCAACACAGGGAGCCUCUUCUCAAUAUCCAGGUUACCAACAGGGUCAAGGCCAGCAAUAUGGAAGUUAUAGGACCGCUCAACCAGGGCCCUCAGCUCAGCAACAGAGGCCUUAUGGAUAUGAACAGUGCAAUAAUCCAGCUGAGGUGCUAGACGUGAGUGUGGGACUGCAAAUCAACACAGCCAGCACCAUGACUUCAAGUCAGAAACGGGCCUCUGGCACAGCUUUGGAGGUACUGCAUACAGGCACAGUACGGAAACUACCAGCAAUAGGCAACAGCUGAUUGUCACCACUGAAACAGUCAUGUAUACUACUUUGAGUUUUUUUUUACAGAGUACAAUAAAGCAUGGACUGUCAUAUUUCAUGUCUGAGAGAUAGCUCAAAGCAGCUUCUGGUUGUAGUAGAAAUUUUCAUCCUUUUCAUGGUGAAUAGUACCAUUGCACUACCAAUGACAAGCCAAUGCGUAAUAGUUUUAGAAUUGGUGCUGUGAAUAUUGUAUGUUUUAAAUUGUUGCACUGUUGUACAAUUGCAUCUGUUAAUAGGAUUUCAAGUUGAUUAUUAGUGCCCUUCCAAUGAUCCACCACAGAAACAUGAGAUGGGUUUAAAAGUUUGCAGAUGCUCUCUGAAACAGUGAAUUCUCCUGUUGAUUUAAGUAUCUGUGUGGUUAUACUAAAAUUUGCACUAAGAUUUGUUUCUUCCAUUUUUAAUGCAGUAUCUGAAUAUUGGAUAUAGGUCACUAAAUGUCACUUGUGUUUUUAGUAAAAACUGAUUUGAAAGCAACAUGUUAAGUUUGUGCACGAAGUUUGCAGUUGCAUUUACCAGUGAACAAAACUUUGUAGGUAGUUUAAUGGAAAGCACGUGUCACCUUGGCCAUAAACCUUACACCCUGGAUAGGACAGCGGUAGUUACUGUUCUUACAUUUGAUUUCUCUGAGGAAGGCAGUAUAUUCUGUACAUAAUUCCUAUCGCAUGUGUUAAAAUUGGCAUUGAUAAUUCCUCACUAACUUUUUUAGACAUGUGACACUGAGUAAGUGUUAUUGCAUUGAGAUGGUGUCAAAGCCAAGAUACAAAGUAAAAUAGCAUGAAAGAAACGAGGGCCUCAAAAGGGCAGGAUAAAAGUGAUUUUCAGUUGAUAAUAGUUUUCAAGAAUAAUGUACACAGAAAAUAAUGAUGAAUCAUGCAAUUUUUUUUUAGUAUGGUAUUUUCCUAUUAUUGCCUUGGGUAUGAUUUUUGAAAAGUAUCACAGAACAAUUGAUUCUAAGAAUGUUGUAUUUGAGUGUGCAAUUUGUCAUACAACUGAGUAAUGAAGGUUGUGUGUGUGUGUGUGUGUG